AUGGCCGAGGAGGUAUUUGCGUUCAAGAAGAAUGAAAAGAUGGAGUAUCGAAGGCUUGGGCGCUCGGGGUUGAGGGUGUCCUGUCUCUCGCUCGGAGGGUGGCUCACCCUUGGUGGAACAGUCAAGGGAGAUCCCGUACGGGAUAUUAUCAAGUGUGCCUGGGAGAAUGGGGUAAACUUUAUCGAUACUGCUGAAGAAUAUGCGGAUGGCCAGUCAGAAAGGGAGAUUGGCCGCUGCGUCAAGGAGCUAAACAUCCGUCGUUCCGACCUGGUCAUCUCGACCAAAGUAUUCUGGGGGCAUGGCGAAAGUCCCAAUGCAAUCGGACUCUCUAGGAAGCACAUUAUUGAAGCCCUCGACGCCUCGCUCGCACGUCUGCAAAUGGACUAUGUAGACAUCUACUUUGCACACCGGCCCGACCCUUCUGUCCCGAUGGAUGAAGUGGUUCGCGCCUUUAACCAUUGCAUCCAAAGCGGCAAGACGCACUAUUGGGGUACAUCCGAAUGGUCUGCACUCGAACUCGAAGAGGCACAUCAGACCUGUGCACGACUGAACCUCAUCCCGCCCAUUGCUGAACAGACGGAGCACAGUCUGUUCAAGCGGGACCGCGUCGAGGGAGAGUACAAGCCCAUCUUCCAGCGCUACGGGACGAGUAUCACGGUGUUCAGUGCGCUUUAUUGCGGUUUCCUCACGGGGAAAUACAACUCUGGCGUCGUCCCCCCAGAUUCGCGAUUCGCAGUGCAUACGGAGAUGGACUGGCUGCAGUCACGGGUGAAACAUCUUCUGACAUCGGAUGAGGGGAAACAGCAGAUUGAAAAGGUGAAAAAGCUUACGGAAAUCGCAGAGCGCCUAGGUGCGAGCGUGACCCAGCUCAGCCUUGCGUACAUUCUGAAGAUGGAGAGCACGGGGACAAUUAUCAUGGGGUGCAAAUCUCCAGCUCAGAUGCUUGAGCAGCUUGGUGCGCUUGAUGUACUCGGAAAGAUUGACGCGGCUGUCGUGGAUGAGGUUGAAGAGAUUUUCCAGAACAAGCCGCCACCACCGACAUCGCCACGCCGUCUUACAGACCGUUCGCUCCCGCCUGGCUUGUCGUCCAUCUCGCCAGAUGCAACCCUCUUCGACGAGCUCUUGGAGAUGGAAAAGAAGUUGGACUGGACGAUGACGCGUCGCAGACAAGAACUCACAGACAGUCUCCAUCGCGGCUCCUUUUUGACGAGAAGGACACUGAGAAUCUAUCUCUCGCACACCGUCAACAACCAGACAUGGCAAAAGUCGUCCUCUGGAACAGAAAACAAUGAAGAGAAAACGGAAGAGGGUGCAGAAGGAGAAGAGGCAAAAGAGGGUCUGGAAUCUGGUCAAAACGUCCCAUCAUGGACGUUUAAAAUUGAAGGGAAACUGCUAGAGCCCGAACAUGUACCAAGACCCAAGCAUUGGCCUCUUCCCGAACGCAAGUUUUCGCAAAUGCUCAAAAGCUUAUCCAUCGAGAUGGACCGAGAUCCAAACGUCUACGCGGACACAAAUCAUGUACAGUGGACACCUCAGCAGCACUGGGCGGUCUACUCCACGUAUGGAUUCUACCCACACCUUGUUGCGCAACAGCAAUCUCAAGCUACCGCCGCUGCCUCUGCCACGGGGACGACAGGGACCGACGGAAAUGCUGGUACGGAUUCAGCUGCACCUGCUUCUGCAUCCAAUGCUACGCCUUCGACCACACCCGUCAAUCCUGCUGCACCCCUGGACGGCUUCACUCUCACGCGUUCGGGAGAUGCCCCAACUGCACUUAGAAUCACACUUCAUGUUCAUCAUAACCCCGAACGCUUCCGUCUUCCCCCUGUUCUGGCACAAUUAUUGGGCAUCUACGAAGAUACUCGGGGGAACAUCUGUGGCGCAUUCUGGCACUAUGUCAAGGCAAACGGAUUACAAGACAAGAAUGAUCGCAAGUUGAUCAAAUUGGACGACAAGUUGCGCGCCGUAUUCAAAUACGAGUCACUCAACUUUCAAGACAUAAUCACCCUUCUAAAUAUGCACCUCACUCCCCCGGACCCGAUCAUGCUCCGCUACGAAAUCGGCACGCACUGUAUCGACCCUGCUAUCAGCGGAGACGUGGAAAUGUCAGACAGCACAGGUGUUGCGGUUCCCAAGCCCGGCGGAAUUGGUGUAGACAAGGAUGGCAAGUCAGGUUUGACGGUAUACGACGUUGCGCUCGAUAUGGACGAUUUGUGGAUGCGUGCUAAAGCUGGCGAGAUUAUCAUGAGUAUGCAGCCAGACACUGCAGGGACACCCAUGGCGCCUGCAUCCAGCACUGGUCAAUUCAACGCAAUCCUAAAAGCAGAUGACGAGAUCAAACAACGACUCCAAGAGCUUCGCCUUCUGCGCAUGCGUCGCGACUUUUUCACAUCUCUCGCCGAAAACCCAUCCAAGUUUAUGAAAACCUUUGUCGAAUCGCAAGCGCGCGACUUGGAGGUCAUCUACGGCAAUGAACGCGCUGCAGAAGGUGGAGGCAGCGGCGGAAACGCUGGGCUGAGCGUUCACGAGAGCGAUCUCAUGCGCAGCGACUUUUUCCAUGAAGACUGGGUAUAUGAAGGUGUCGGCGUAUACGAAGCACUCAGAAUGGGAAAUACGGUCUCGCAAAUUCACCAGGCUGCGCAUCAACAAGCAAAUAUGAACGCAGGGAUGGGAAUGCCUAUGGGUAUGCAGCCAGGCGUUCCUCCGCCUAUGGGUAUGGGCAUGAUGGGACCUCCAGGUGGUGUUCCAAUGCGAUAA